AUGGCUGCCACCGAUGCCAGAACUGUCUUAUCUCAUGACGAUUACACGGUCGGGUGGAUAUGUGCUUUGCCGCUAGAAAUAGCGGCUGCGGAGCUGAUGUUAGACACAAUCCAUCCGAGGCUGGUGAACCCGCCUACUUAUCAGAAUACUUAUACCUUGGGAAAUAUUGGAGAACACAACAUCGUUAUUGCCUGUUUGACAACCUAUGGAAUUGCGCCAGCUGCAGUGGCCGCCACGCGGUUGCUCGCAACCUUUCAUUCCAUUCGAUUUGGGCUGAUGGUCGGCAUCGGUGGAGGCGUACCAAGCAGCAAUGUAGACAUUCGGCUAGGCGAUAUUGUGUUUAGCUGCCUGGAGGGCACAUCUGGUGGUGUGAUCCAAUACGAUUUUGGGAAAUCGUUACAUGACGGUCGAUUUCAGAGGACGGGAAUGUUGAACCAACCCCCGAUUGUUUUGCUCGGCGCUCUCGCUACCCUACGAGCUCAUCAUCUCACCAAGAAAAGCCAAGUGCUGCAGUUCACGUCUGAUAUUCAUGCCAAGACAGAAGAACAUUAUCUUGCUGCAAGAUUUGACCAUCCAGUCCAAGAGGAUUAUUUAUAUGAAGCGGAAUAUGACCAUGGUGAAUCCGAUACAUGUGUCGAUUGUGAUCCAUUGAAACGCAUUGCACGGCCUUCGCGAGACUAUCAAGGACCACUGAUUCAUUAUGGACUGAUUGCAUCUGCGAACCGGGUAAUGAAAGAUGGCCAAAUGCGAUACCAAAUGGCUCAGGAGUUAAAAGUGUGUUGCGUGGAGAUGGAAGCGGCGGGGCUGAUGAAUGAUUUCCCAUGUAUCGUCAUCCGAGGCAUAUGUGACUAUGCUGAUUCUCACAAGAAUAAGGAAUGGCAAGGGUUUGCGGCUGCAGUGGCAGCGGCCUAUGCCAAAGAGCUACUUCUGGUGGUUCCGAUCCAGGAGAUUGAGAAGACCCCGAAAGCACGAGAUACUCUUUAUUUCAACCCCAUCAACACAACGCAAAAAGUUGCAAUUCUUCACGGACUUGGUGGGAUAGGAAAAACACAGUUGGCGGUCCAUUUUGUUCGCGAGCACAAGCAUGAUUUCACCGCUAUCUUCUGGUUAAAUGCAAAAAACGGUAACUCGCGCUGGUUAAUUGUCUUCGACAAUAUCGACCAAUACGACCCAAAUGAUCCUGGAGAUGGGAACCUAUAUGACAUUAAAAAGUUCUUUCCUUCAGUAGACCAUGGUUCCAUUCUCAUCACCUCUCGACUCCUAAUGCUCACCGAACUCGGAAAGCCCUUUCCAAUCCGUAAACUUGGUUUGGAGGAUACUGCUCAAGUCUUCAUGAAGAACAUUGAUCUAUCAGGAGAUAACACCACUGGGGGCCUUGAGAGCAGUCCAGAUGUGAUCCUCUUAGCCGGGCGUCUUUAUGGAUUGCCAUUAGCCAUUGUUAUCGCGGCGGCAUUCAUGCGUGAAACCGGCACUAGUAUCACUCAGUACUUGACAUAUUACCAGCAAUCAUGGCCAGACCUACAGUCACAAUCAUCUCCUGGAGGUCAGUAUCAGCAAGGCAACAUACUACAUACAUGGAUGAUCUCAUACAAUGAGAUCCAAAAUCGGGAUCCAGACGCAGCAGAGCUCCUGCUGCUACUUGCCCACUUCGACAAUCGUGAUAUUUGGUAUGAACUGGUAGAAAACGCUUCGAAGAGCUCCGAUGUGCCAGCCUGGCUCGAGAGAGCUAUAUCAAGUGAACUUGCUUUCAAAGCCCGCGUGAAGUCUUUAAUCGAAUUCUCUUUUCUUGAGACGAAGCAGCAGGGAGGAAGCUAUACGAUGCACCCUGUAGUACAGGAUUGGUGCCUCUAUAUUACCAGCAGCCUGAGGCGCAGAACCCUGAAUCCAGUUCACCAUUUGGAACUAGCCAUAAUAUCUGUCGGUGCCAGUGUUCCCACUAGGAGGGAAGGUAACUUUACAAAGCUGCAUCAACGGCUUAUCCCACACGCGAAUCUUUUACGCAUAAGCCAGGAAUCAUUACAAAUGGACCAAUUUUCCACCAACAAUAUUGCUGUUUGGGAUUCAUUUAAUGCAAUUGGGCUUCUCUACAAGGAUGAAGGAAAACUGAAAGAAGCAUAUGAGAUGUUACAGCGAGCGUUGGCAGGUAAGGAGAAAGCCCAUGGCCCAGACCAUAUAUCCACUCUUAAGACAGUCGGUAACCUUGCGAUUCUCUACAAGAAGCAAGGAAAUAUUACAAAAUCAGAGGAGACAUACCUGCAAGCGCUGUCAGGUAUAGAGAGGAUUUGUGGACCAGAAUCUAGAUCCACUCUUAUUACACUCAAUAACCUCGGGACUCUCUACUAUCAUCAAGGAAAGGUGAAAGAGGCAGAGAGGAUGCUACUGCGAGCGCUGGCAGGUAAGGAGAAUUCUUAUGGACCAGAAAAUAUACGCACUCUUGAUACAGUUAAGUCCCUUGGGAUGGUCUACUCCAAUCAAGGAAAGCUGAAAGAGGCAGAGGAGCUGUAUAUGCGAGCACUGGCAGGCUAUAACAAGGAUCCAAGUCGUGGCCCAGAACAUCUGUUCACUCUUGAUACAAUACUUGAACUUGGGGUUCUCGAAAGAGAUCAAGGGAAGCGAAACUGCCUUGAAGGUCUCUACCAAAAACAAGGGAAGCCAAGAGAGGCAGAGAAGGCAUAUCAACAAGCGCUGGCAAUUUUUGAGAAAACACCUGGUUCAGAAGAUGAAUCCACUCUUCAUGCAGUCCAUCUCUUGGGUCUUUUCUAUAAAAAUCAAGGGAGACUACAAGAAGCAGAAGAGAUGUUCCGGCGAGCGCUGGUAGGCAGGGAGAAGAUCCUUGGCCUAGAUCAUAAAUCUACUCUCAAGGUAGCCCUUAGCAUUGGAAAUCUCUACUCCAGUCAAGGUAGGCUGAGAGAGGCAGAAGAGAUUUACCAGCGAGUGCUGGUAGCCUGCUUUGAGCAGCCUGUCAUUCAAGAUUAUCUAUCUAUCCUUAAUAGACUCCAUAAUCUUGGAAGUCUCUACGUCGAUCAAGGGAAUCUGAAAGAGGCAGAACAUAUUUACCAGCGAGCUCUGGCAGGUUAUGAGAAAGCCCUUGGUCUAGAUUACACAUCUACUCUCAAGGUAGUCCUGAGCCUUGGACAUCUCUACUCCAAUCAAGGGAAACUAAGAGAGGCAGAAGAGAUUUACCAGCGAGUGCUGGUAGCCUGCUCUGAGAAAGCUAUCAAUCCAGAAUAUUCAUCUAUUCUUGGGGCAGCUAGCAACCUUGGUGCUCUCUUCGUCGAUCAAGGAAAGCCGAAAGAGGCGGAAGAAGUUUUCCAGCGAACUCUGGCAGGCUAUGGAAAAGCCCUCGGGCCAGAUCAUCAAUACACUCUUGUAGCAUCCAGAAAUCUUGUGGUUCUCUAUUUCAUGCAAGGCAGACAGAGAGAGUGGGAAGACAUGUGCCAGAAUGUGCUGGCAGCAUAUGAGAGAGUCAUGGGUCCAGAUCACCAUGAGACACAGGCACUUCUAAAGUAG